AUGGAAAACAAGCUUGAAGCAAAAGACAAAAGCAUUCAGAAAAGAAUACCACGUUCGGUACCAAAAGGAAAGGAAAAGAACUAUAAGUAUAUGAUUUAUACUGAAGAGAUGGAAAAUGAAGAAGAUAAAGAUAUGGUUAUGUUGCAUUUAGUCAGAAGAAACAACAAAAGCUUUUACGACCUUGCUAAGAUUUACAAAUCUGACAGAAAUUGGUUCUAUCGCGAAAACUUACCGAUUUCAAUGACACCGAAUGAAGAUGUGAAACAAAUAGUUCAAGAUACGUUACCUCAAACACACUAUGAUAUGAAAGGUUGUACAAUACUUACCUUCAAAGAAGACUUACCGCUACUGAAGGAAAAAAUAACAGAGUAUUUUGACAACUUCAAACAAGUAGAGUAA